GGCGGUUGUACCUUCUUAUAUUGAAGUUCCCGGCUUGCUUGUUUCCCUCUCUGCUGAAGUCCGUAACCGGGCCGGGAUCCAGUCCGUUUCGAACCGAACCAGCGACACGAACAAGAACCGGAAAUGUCCGAGAAGCUGCCCUUCAAAGUCGCUGAUAUCAGCCUGGCGGAAUGGGGGCGGAAGGCGAUCGACAUCGCGGAGAACGAGAUGCCGGGGCUGAUGAAGAUGCGCGAGCUGUACGGGCCGACGAAGCCGCUGAAAGGAGCGCGUAUCGCAGGCUGUCUGCACAUGACACUGCAGACCGCCGUGCUCAUCGAGACCCUCACUGCGCUCGGAGCCGAGGUCCAGUGGUCGAGCUGUAAUAUCUUCUCUACGCAGGAUCACGCUGCAGCUGCCAUCGCCAAGACCGGCGUUCCAGUGUACGCAUGGAAAGGCGAGACGGAUGAGGAGUACGUGUGGUGCAUCGAGCAGACCCUCUACUUCAAGGACGGUCAGCCCCUCAACAUGAUCCUGGACGAUGGAGGAGAUCUGACCAACCUGGUGCACCAGAAACACCCCAAACUGCUGGCUGGAAUCAAGGGUCUCUCUGAGGAGACCACCACUGGUGUUCACAACCUCUACAAGAUGCUGAAGAAGGGUGAACUCAAGAUUCCUGCCAUCAACGUGAACGACUCUGUUACGAAGAGUAAGUUUGAUAACCUGUACGGCUGCCGCGAGUCUCUGAUCGACGGCAUUAAGAGGGCGACGGACGUGAUGAUUGCCGGGAAGGUGGCCGUGGUGGCCGGAUACGGUGACGUCGGGAAGGGCUGCGUUCAGGCUCUCAGAGGGUUCGGUGCCAGAGUCAUCGUCACGGAGAUCGACCCCAUCAAUGCCCUGCAGGCGGCGAUGGAAGGCUAUGAGGUGACCACAAUGGAUGAGGCCUGCAAGGAGGGAAACAUCUUUGUGACGACCACCGGCUGUGAGGACAUCAUUCUGGGCAGUCACUUUGAGCAGAUGAAGGACGACUCCAUCGUUUGCAACAUCGGCCAUUUCGACUGUGAGAUUGACAUGAAGUGGUUGAAUGAAAACGCUGCUGAGAGGAUCAACGUUAAACCUCAGGUUGACCGUUACCGUAUGAAGAACGGACGUCAUGUGAUCGUUCUGGCCGAGGGGCGUCUUGUGAACCUGGGUUGUGCCAUGGGUCACCCCAGCUUCGUCAUGAGCAACUCCUUCACCAAUCAGGUCCUCGCUCAGAUCGAGCUCUGGACCAACACUAGCAAAUACCCAGUGGGCGUGUACUUCCUGCCAAAGAAGCUGGAUGAAGAAGUAGCUGCUGCCCACCUGGACAAACUGGGUGUCAAACUGACGAAGCUAACAGACAGUCAAGCCAAAUACCUGGGCCUGCCCCGCGACGGACCCUUCAAACCCGACCACUAUCGCUACUGAGGAGCUCCUGCCAGCGGUCAGCUUCUGCGGUCAGCCAAAGUAUGUGGACAGGUAGUGACUGCUCAGGUGUGAGACGCCCCUCUGCCUGCGUUCAGAUCUAAUGGUUAGACUUCUGUAAACAUGCUCCCUCAUCUUCACCGUAGAAACUAAACUCCACUGAACUCUGGUCAGUCUAUCACUAGCAUUUCCUGCUUCAGCUCAUAGUUUUGUUGAAUCUACAUCAAGGUUCUGCCUUUAUUAGUGUUAUUUGAGCCCAUUGGGGUGGGGGGGUCUUUGCUCCCCACUACAGUGGAUUCAGUAUUGAGUCUUAAUGCCUUAUUCAGGAAGUAAUUUCACUGUUUUGUGUGGAACAGAAACCUUUCUGUAAACACUGUAAAAGAAUUCUUCUGAAAACGAGUUACUGGUGACUCCAGGUUUUUGAUUGCCAGCCAUAAUUUUGUGAUUCUGAAGGGGGGGAGGGGCUCAGAAAGUUUCAGUAUGAAAUACUGUAUGAUGUGUUUCAGUAAAACCUUUUUACAGCAAAAUAAAGAACACACUGUACUUCAACUGUG